UGUGAGUCGCGGAGAGCUGCGAAAGAGCGUGUGGGAAGCCCAACCCACGGUCACUUCACCCGCGACGCACGCCGAGACGAGCAACACACCGAACAGGUGGUCCAGUCCCACCUGAGGAGCACAAUAUGAGGAUUUAUCCUGCUUUUUACCUGUACGGAUACAAUGUUGCCGUGGCUUACUGAUUUUUCCUGAAGAGUUCAACACUUAACGCGCUUCCCUGUGCGGAGUCUCUGGGAAUAUCGGGCGAAUAUGAAAGUGACAGUGUGUUUUGGAAGGACCCGGGUGGUCGUUCCCUGUGGGGAUGGGAAUAUCAAAAUACACAGUCUUAUUCAGCAAGCGACAAUGAGAUAUAAAAAAGCCAUAGCUAAGGACCCAGGUUACUGGAUACAGGUAAAUCGGUUAGAACAUGGAGAUGGAGGUAUUUUGGACCUGGAUGACAUCCUGUGUGAUGUAGCCGACGACAAAGACAGGCUGGUGGCGGUGUAUGAGGAGCAGGACCCUCAUCAUGGCGGUGACGGCACCAGCGCGAGCUCCACAGGCACCCAGAGUCCAGAGCUCUUCAGCACGGGCGAGCUCAACUCCAGCAACCUGUCGGCCUUCCAGCCCUACCAAACCAGCAGUGAGAUUGAGGUCACUCCAUCAGCCCUCAGGACCAACAUGCCCUUGCAUGUACGCCGUAGCAGUGAUCCAGCUCUGGCUGGCCUGCCCGAAGCCCAGCUCCCGCCAGAGGAACCAUCUCGUAAAAACCCCACACGCUGGUCCACCACAGCAGGGUUUAUGAAAGCCAACAACUCCAGCGGAACCAACAGCCUAGAGCGAAAGGGUAAGGGUCUGGAAGCGUACCGCAGCCUGCCUCGUGAUGUUGUCCCCUGGGCUACCCAGUUUCAGAGGGAAAACGCCCGCUCCUCCCUCAGCGCCAACCAUCCCAUGGUGGACCGAUGGCUUGAGCGUCAAGAACAGGAAGAGGAAGAAGAAGACGAGGAGAGAAAUGACAACGGGAAGAACGGCAGGAUAGAGCCGGUGGGACGGGCAGAUUCCUGUGUGGAAUCAGCUUCACUCGAUGAAAUGUUAAAGCUGGUUGAGGUGUCCAAUGGCGGUGGGCCGCUAGGAAUCCAUGUGGUGCCUUUCAGUGCCAGAGACAAAAGGACGCUGGGUUUGUUAGUGAAGAGGCUGGAGAGGGGCGGGAAGGCGGAGCGGGAGGCUCUGUUCCAGGAGAACGACUGUAUCGUCCGGAUUAAUAACGCAGACCUGCGCAACAUCCGAUUCGAACAGGCCCAGAAUUUGUUCAGGCAGGCGAUGCGUACUCCACUCAUCCUGUUCCAUGUAGUUCCAGCGGUGAAGAAAGCCCAAUACGAGCUGCUGUCUCAGAACGAGCUGGGCCUUCAGGCUGCUCCGGGACCCGGGGACAGGGCCAGUCUGGUGGGAGGAGGUGUGGACUACAGCCCGCGGAGAAUGUCUAAAGCCGAUUUCACCUUGGGCUAUCCCACGUUACCGCACAUAGCAAACUCAUCAAACAAGAGCCUGUCGGGCACCAUCCAUCCCUCCAGACCCACCAGUGCCGCCUCCUCCGUGGGCUACUCGAAAAAGAUCGGCCGCAGGUUCAGCGUCCAGCUGAGGAAAGGUCCAGAGGGUUUGGGUUUCAGCAUCACCUCCAGAGACGUCCCGAUCGGCGCUUCCGCCCCCAUAUAUGUGAAGAACAUUCUCCCGCGUGGAGCCGCCAUCCAGGACGGCCGUCUGAAAGCCGGAGACCGGCUGCUCGAGGUUAACGGAGUGGAUCUGAAUGGCAAGACUCAGGAGGAGGUUGUGGCUCUCUUACGCUCAACUCCCAUGGGAGGCACUGUAGGUCUUCUCAUCGUCAGACAAGAGGACACUUUCCUGCCCCGCAAAGUGAAAGAGCAAGAUGACUUAAUUUUGACCCCGGAUGGAACGCGGGAGUUUAUGACAUUUGAAAUCCCUCUCAACGACUCGGGCUCGGCCGGUUUAGGGGUCAGCGUCAAGGGCAACAGAUCUAAAGAGAGCCACGCCGACCUGGGCAUUUUCGUCAAGUCUAUAAUCACUGGAGGAGCCGCCUGCAAGGAUGGGCGGCUGAGGGUAAACGACCAGCUGAUAGCAGUUAAUGGAGAGUCCCUGCUGGAGAAAACCAAUCAGGAAGCAAUGGAGGCCCUCCGCAAGUCCAUGUCCGUGGAGGGCAACAAGAGAGGCAUGAUUCAGCUGAUCGUGGCCCGGCGGAUCGCUGGGAGAGGAGAGGAGGCUCCAGGUAGCCCGUCUGUGCCUCUGAACUCUCCACAAGACGAACAUGAGAGACGAAUUUCUCAGUCGCUGUAUCCCGGAGAGAGCCUGGAUGACAACCACACCCCACGACCCACCAUGAUGGGCAGAAUGAUGGGUCACUAUCAGCUGUCCCCCACUGUGAAUAUGCCCCAGGACGACACCGUUAUCAUUGAAGAUGAUAGGCCACCUGUUCUUCCUGCCUGCCUGUCCGACCAAUCGUCGACCAGCUCCCACGAUGACAUGGGAUUUGUGACAGAAAUGCCAGUAUCCUGGCCCAAAGAUGUCCUGAUUCAGGAUGAAAGCACACUCAGUCCAGACGCUGACGUGGAUGCCAUGUUUCUGAGGGAAGGUUUCGGCCGUCAAAGCAUGUCAGAAAAGCGGACCAAACAGUACGCCGAUGCCGCUCAACUGGAGAUCAUCAAGAGCCGCAAGUCGAAGAGCAUGGACCUAGUAGCCGACGAGUUUAACCUCACUCCCCGCAGAGAGAGGACAGAAGGAAACUCCACACGAGAUGUGGGACCGUCGUUGGGUUUGAAGAAGUCGAGUUCCUUGGAGAGCCUCCAGACAGCUGUUGCCGAGGUGACGCUCAACGGAGACGUCCCGUUCCACAGGCCGCGCCCCAGAAUCAUCAGGGGACGGGGCUGCAACGAGAGCUUCCGCGCGGCCAUCGACAAGUCCUACGACAAGCCAGGUGUGACCGUGGUCAACCCCGACGAAGACGACGAGGGGAUGGAGACGUUGGAAGAAGAUACAGAGGAGAGCUCACGAUCAGGCCGCGACUCCAUUUCCACAGCCACGGAUCUCACACUCCCACCCUCCAACACAGAGAAACAGCUGAAUGGAGGACGCAGCAAAGAGGACAAGAAGAAGGAGCGAGGAGGAAAGGACAAGAAAGACAAGAGCAAAGCCAAGAAAGGCGUGCUGAAGGGUCUGGGCGACAUGUUCAGGUUCGGCAAAAACCGCAAAGACGAGAGGCCGGGAGACAAGAUGGAGCGGAAAGGGUCCAGCAAGAGCAAGAUGGAGGAAACUCAGGCCACCGAAGAGGAGACGCAGAGGAUGAGGCUGGAGCAGGAGAGAAUUCAAGCGAAGACCAGAGAGCUUCGAGAGCGACAGGCGAGAGAGCGAGACUACGCUGAGAUCCAGGACAUCAACCGAACCUUCAGCUCCGACGAGGAGCACACCUACGCCGGGAUCGGCUCCCUGGACUCGUCUCUGGACAGCAGUAUGGACCUGAGCCAUAACCCCGGUUCGGAGCGUCCGCAGAGCCCCCGAGACCAGGCCUUGCCCUUAGAGGCUCUAUACGCACAGGUCAACAAGCCCCGCAACGGACGCCCACCGUCUGCAGACAGCAACCGACUGACGCCGAGCAACCAUGACCGGAUACAGCGGCUACGGCAAGAGUUCCAGCAGGCCAAGCAGGAGGAGGAACCCGAUGACCGCCGUCGAUCCUACAGCUUUCAGCAACAACAGUGGCCCAACACGGGUUCUUAUACACCGACGGGGCGGCACUCUGUUUCUGUAGAGGACCAAAUGCAGAAACAGAGAGAGGACAGAGACUCUUUCACACAAGCCCAGAGGCAAUACAACUCCUUACCGCGGCAACCGCGUAAAAACCCUAGCACUGUGUCUCAAGACUCUUGGGAUAAAGUCUAUCCUCCCGGCGAAGUCUUUCAAUCUGCCAAAGAGAACCCGCGCUACUCCAGCUACCAGGGAUCCCGCACUGCCAACGGCUACCUGGGCGCCACCGCCACGGGCCUGAACGCUCGCGUCCUCCUGGAGACCCAAGAGCUCCUGAGACAGGAACAGAGACGAAAGGAGCAAGAGGCUAAAACCAAGCUACCUACUAUGGAGGAGACGCCAACCCCAAGCCAAACCCCUGUUCCUGCUCCACCCAAAGGUCCCUACCGACAAGACGUGCCACCCUCGCCCACCCAACUCGCCCGGCUCAACCGUCUACAGACCCCUGAGAAGGGCCGCCCCUUCUACUCCUGAGAUGAGAGAUCAAAACUGUAGGAAGAACUAUAUGACAGCAAUAAUAUGGAAUGGAGAGAGACAGAGCUAUAAUAUGGAGACUGCGUGGAGGAUUCUGGGUAAUUGGUUUUGGAGGUUUUUGCCAAGUUGUUGUUUUUUUUUACUCUAGUAUGAAAUAUUUGUACACACUGAAGAUCAACUAUCCAUCUCCCAUUCCUGCUUUUUGACGAAUGUGUAUGUGUUUGUUGAAUUCAUUGACGUUAUGGCACUAGGUACUCUUGACAAUCAUAUGACAGUCGCCCGAGGCUUUGAUACAUGAUUGUUUCCACCAUAUUGUGACCUACAUAUCUUGUUUUCGUCAAAUGUGCUGAGAAAAACAAGUAGGUGGGUGAAUUUCACUACACCUGUCAGAAACACGUCUAGGUCAUAUUUCACCACAAAAUCAAGGAAAAAUGCAAUAUUUAGCUUUAAAAAAAUAAAGCUAGUUUCUAGGUCUAUAAACAUUUUUGACAGAGCCCUGCACACGACAUUCAACAAAUAAAUAGAAAUAUAGGCCUAUCAUAGCAACAGAUUAAGUAUUCAUUCCCACAUAUGUUUUCUUUCAUAAAACGGUAAUUCAAUAUUUUUUUACUCUAUUAUAAUAAUUCAUUUUUUUCCUUUUAAUUAAAAACCAGCAUACAUUUAGUACGACGUAUCAAUAAUGUAAAAAUAUUUUACACUUUAAAUACAUUAUUUUCACUGAGAAUGAAAUUUUUGUUUCACUGAAUUAUUUUCUUUUAUGAUUUUCAUUACACUAAUGAAAAUUUUAUAGGUGCAGGUGUACAGUAUGUGUUCUUAGUGAGUGUGUCAGCUCAUAUACUCCAGCAGUGUAACUGAACUCAGCUAAUAGGGUGCGGAAAGGUUAUGACCCCACGACCCUCCAACUCUCUGCUACGGAAACCCUCAUUAACCCGUCAUACUUCUCAAUUGCUCCUCAUGUGACGCCUCCUAUCUCCACCCACUUCAUAAUUGAUUCUUCUGCUUCUGUCCUCUGUUUCUCCACUACUAAGCUGUUAAAUGUACAGUAAAUGUACAGAAAUGUAGGAAUUAAUUAAAAUACAUCCAGAAGACUAAACAAUUAGGUUUAGUACUACUAGUAUAACUGAAAUUACUUACUAUACUUUUAAAGUCGGCAUGAAAUCAUGUUAACAUGUAUGAUUCCAUCCAACUAUUUUUAUGUGAAUUUUGGGAUAUCGCAUAAAAAAAAUUCUGGCUGGAAACAACAAGAUGCACAUAAAUUUUCAGUCUAAUUCUGCGAUCCACAUCCAAACACUCAUAUUACUUUGCUUCAGCAGUUGAUGUGAUUGGAUAACAGAACUAACCUGUGCACCAAUCUUAUCACACAUCUCAGAUGUUGUUUUAGUCCUUCUACCUGAAGCAAAGGUUGUCGUCAAAAUGAUUUGGUAUAAUCACCUCCUAGAACUGUCUCACGUGAUUACAUGACAGCGUUUGUUAUUGUGUUUAAUCUGCAUGCUCUGAAACUCUGAAAGUCGUUGCUUAUGUAGGCCUCCCAUGUUGCAGCAACUUUCAUUAAUACUGAUAAUAUGUGACAAUUUUAGGCCUUGUUUACACUGCAGGUCUUGAUGCCCAAUUCUGAUUUCUUGCCUAUAUCUGAUUUUUUUGACCGUCAGAUUACACGUUCCUUCAGUUGUGACCCAUAUUCGAUUCAUGUGUUUACACUUGCUAUACCUCUUUCAUGUUUUCUUGCAAUGUUGUCAUUUAAUGCCUCCAAGGGUUGCCAGGUUUUCGCAACAAAACCUGCCCAAUUUCUACUCAAAACUAGCCCAAUUGUGUCAUGAUUGACAUGCAGCACUGUUUGAGUGGGGUCCCACAGUACAAUUCGCAUUCCAGGGGCUAAAUAUCACGUUAUUGGGGUUGCUUUAACCUGCGGCAACAAUGUUAAAGUCAGUGUUGGGGAAAGUUACUUUUAAAAGUAAUGCAUUACAAUAUUGAGUUACUCCCUAAAAAAGUAAUUAAAAAAAGUAACUAAUUAUGUUACUUAGUUACUUUUCAUGGAAAGUAAUGUGUUACUUUUGCGUUACUAAUUAAAUCUGGGCAGGGCUUGCUUGUUUGUUUUUAAUAUAAAAAGUUCUAUUUUUGGCAAAUGUAAAAGCCUUUUCACACCAAAAGCCUCAGGCUUUGACAAAAGUAAAUUCACGUCUGUACUGUACAGUAGACUGCAGAAGGAAAAAAAUGUCAAAUGUUAGAUUAUCCUGAGUAAUUUUUGCUUAUUAGUAUGGUUGAAUUUGAUCAUCGAAGGUUGGCAGCAAAGACAUCGGUUAAUAAAUUGGGAUUAAAUGCAUAAAGGAUAUUUGUAUUAUUUAACAUAUUCAGAGUUGAAUUUCUGAAUCUGUGUUUUGUGAGUGAGAUGAAUUAAUGCAUGUUCACAUUUAUUCUAGGAGUAACAUCUUACUCCCAAUUUCUCUCAACAUGGGGACAGGAGAGCUUUUAAUCAAUAAAUGGGGGGAAAAGUUUGAAAAAAAGUAACUCAGAUAUUUUCUUGUCAAUUAAAAAGUAAUGCGUUACAUGGAAAACGUAAUAAUAUUACGUAACUCGCGUGACUUGUAAUGCGUUACCCCCAACACUGGUUAAAGUAUCACAAUUCCGUGGGAAAAUUAGGGACUUGGCAACCCUGCCACCUACAUACGUGCUUCCUCUUGAGAAUAAUAUCACAUCAUUAAACUGCGGAAAGGUACCAAAUUGUCAUAGGUUUAAUGACAUACAGAACGCAAUGCCUCAGAAAAUCCAAUCUACCUGUUUUCAUGACAGUCGCAUUGCAUAUCUGAUUUGUAUCCACACAAAUAAGGCCUGAAACCAAUCUCGAAAUAUCCGAAUACAUGCGUUUUUUUCCUGUUUGCACCAUCAUAGAACACAUCCAAUCGGUCACAUAUGAGCAAAAAAAUCAGAAUUGGGUCACAUUUAAUUGACAGUGUAAACGAGGCCUUUAUUUUCUUGAACACAUGGGAUGAAAACAGUGUUCUAUUUGCGAACAUUUUAUGUGAUCUUAAAAUUUUGUGCAUUAAGUUAAAUUGCCAACUUUUAAUAGAAACAUAGCUAAUGAGAUCAAAUGUAAUUUUCCUCUUUAGGAAACCGUGGGAUUGUGAAAAAGUGGUUGGAGGGGAGGGCUUAAAAAUAAGAUGGGUUGAUGAUGCCAACCAAAAAUGGAAAAUCAGUUUAAAAAAGGAGCGUUUUUUGAUGAAAGAUUACAAACUAUUCUUAAUGUACACAGCUUAAUCUUGCAUAUUAACACCAGAAACAUUACAGGUAUUAAGAUAGCAUUUAGUGUCUAUUUUGAAUUCAUGCUGACUUUAAUGCUUCCCAUCAAGACUGUAUACUUGUGACUUCCAGGCAGUGUGCUUGUGUGUGUGUGGAUGCAUUACUUUUAAACCCAGUAGGUGCGGGUGUGACUCUGACCUUUGCCUUUACACAAACUGUCUUUGGUUUCAGCGGCGCAGGCAGAGACCAGUUCUGUUCAGCACUUUAGUUUUUUAUCGCACAGGUUAAUGGGCAGUUGCUCGUGCACAUGUUCCACUAUAACACAACAAAGCUCAGGUUACAGCUCACGCCGCAGUAGCCACGGAUACAGUUGAAAACCCGUUUAAAGGAGCAGUUCACCUAGUAAUGAAAUUUCUGUCAUCAUCUACUCUCUCUCAUGUCGUUCCACACUUUUUCUGUGUAGUCCACACUUUUCUCCUAAAAGAACUGGCAAGUAAAGUUGACCAUAUGGCUUGUGCGCUUAUACGAUAAGAUUGGACUGUUCUUUUACUUUGCUUUUUAAUUUUUUUUCCAGCUUGGCACUGUCUGUUUUAGUUAUAUAAAAAAGAAAGUCCAGGACAUUCUUCAAAACGUCAUCUUGAAUGAGAGAAAGGAUUUUUCCGUGACUAUCCCUUUAAAUCUUAGCUGCCUUUUAACUAUUCAUUCAAAAAUCCAACCCAUUCAAACAAACGUCAUGUGACUUUUAUGUGUGCUGCAUAUUUUUUGAUAUUUGUAUGUGUAUGUGGGUUUCGCGUGGGAUCGUGUAUCACCGGUGCCUGUAACAUGACUCUCUCUUGUCUAUGAACUGUAUCUUGGCAGGCACAUAAAACACUUGGCCACAUUUUUCAGAGCUAAAGCUAAAAGAGCUCAAUAAGCUCUCACAAAAGGGAAAGCUGGGCCCAUUGACCGACGUACUCUCCCUCCAAGUCUCUUAAAGUGAGUCGGCCUGGCGUCUCGCUCUGUCUCGGGUCCAUUCAUUGUGGAAAAUGUUCAUUAUAUCUGCUCUAUUAUUCUCUGACUUUGGUACUUCCUCCCCAAAUUGUUCUGGGUUCUGUGGUACAACAUGAUGUGCUUUUAAUAUCGUAUCUACAAACAGACAUUUCCAGAAUAGCAGCUGUUUCUUUUGUCUUUUUGUUUUUUGUUUUUUUUUGGUGCUGGCUGCUUAUCUAAUAUUUUAUAUCACAUUGUAUACAUGUAUGAGACAUUUUUGAUGGGAAGUGCCUGUGAAGAGGGAUGUUUUUGUAUGUUCAAAGUUUAACUUGUCGCCAAAUGCACAUAUUUUUAAAAUGAAAUUAUUGUAUUCCUUUGUCUUUCUCUAAUCAUACCGCAUUUGUUUUAAUCGUUAAAGAAAGCAAAGAUUAAUCUGCACAUUUUAAUGUAUUUGUAUGACAUUUUGUUGUCUAUGUACGUCGUAGGUACUAUGGUGUUUGACUCUUGUGUGCACAGUGAAAAUGGUUUUUACAGUUUUUACCUGAUGUCUCAAAAUAUACACAAAGCUUCUCUGUACAUAUCAAAUCUAUAUUCAAUAAAAAGUUUCUUCAUUCUGUUUACA